CACGUCCACUGUUUGUAGACAAGAGAGCCUGGGCUGCCGGUGCUGUGGGGCCAAAGGUCAUGGGGGCGGGUCCUAUCUGCCUGUCAAGACUUGCUCCACGCUGCAGAGUGCCUGCAGGUGUGUGUUGGGGGGGGGGCGGGCAGGGCAAGGCUCUCCAGCAGGUGGGGUGGAGCCACCCUGGCUGCUUCCUCCAGCACCAGACAGCUCCAGCUCGAGGCCAGGUGGGUGCCGGCUCCCGUCUGGCAGAGGCCGGGAUGGGAAGGGUGGGCAGCCUCAGGGUUCCAGGCCAGGUGGGCAGGCUCAGGACGCACAGGCCAGAUCCACACCCAGGCUGCGGCUCUGCCAGGGUGGGGCUCCCUCCUCGGGCGAGCACAGGGCUUUGAGGGCUCCCAGUCACCUGGGAGAGAGGACGGCUCCCACACGGGGCUCUGGGUGGCCACCGCCUGCCUCUCUGUCCCCUCCAGCCUGGCAGCGCCACUCCCAGGGCCGUGCCUCCUGCUAUGGGGGUGGGGGUGGCGGAGAGCUGGCCCCUGGGCCUGAGUGGGGCAGUGACAGGAGGGAGGUGGGCGGAGGGUGGUGAGCAGGCCCCGCCUCCCGCCGCCCGCGGUGACAUUCCUGGUGGCCGGUGGCUGACUCACCCACUGCGAAGGCCUUGGCCCCCGUUCAGCUAUUUAGCCGCGGCUGCCCGGCUGUCACUGGAACUCCGCUGCGCGGGGAGCCGCCCCUCGCCUGGACCCAGCCAUGGCCGUGCAGGUGUCCCCCUGGCACCACUACCUGCAGGCCGCCCGGUCGCGGCAGGCGCCCCGCGCGCAGGCCUUCCAGGGCGCGGAGGACGUGCUGCUCACCGUGCUGGAGCGCCUGCAGGCCCUGGACGCCCGCUUCCUCGUGGACUACUCCCGCGACGCCGAGGCCUUCCAGUUCGCCCUGCGCUCCUCGGAGGACCCGCUGGACGUGCAGGUGCCGCUGCGCGUGGACGCCCAGGCGCUCCUGGUGCAGGAGCUCGAGGCCGCCGAGCCCGGCCAGGGUCCUGGGUGCUGCCGCCUGGGUGUCCCCAGGGACACGGCCGGCCUGGAGUGCUGGACGACGGAUGACGUCUUCAGCGCGUGCUCCGAGGCUGACGCCGAGUGCUGUGGCCACAUCGUGCCCAGCAAGGUCCUGCGUGUGCUCAGGGAGCUACUGGUGGCUGCCAUUGUGCACUGCAGGCACCACGGCCUCAUCCCCCCAGGUUCCUUGAGUGCGGCCAGCCUGGAGGAGGAGCAGCUGCACCUGUCCCUCCUGGUGUCCGGCGGCUGGAGGAAGAUCCGCUUCAACGUGGUGCCCGUGGUGAGGAGGCAGCACCGGGGGCCCGCCCUGGAGGGGGCCCAGCUGUCACCGGGAUUGCCCGAGGGCAGCCUGGAGCGCAUCCUUGGCCACGGGGUGGACCUGGUGCCGGCCAGCGGUCAGCAUUGGAGGACCUCCACGGACUACCUGCUCACCAGGCUGCUGCACGCUCUGGGCUCCCUCCCAGGCCACAGGCUGGAUGGGCUCUGUGUCCUGGACAGGGUGAACCACGAGAGCUGGCGGGACGGCGGCCAGAGCCCCGGCCUGAGCUUCAGCCACCUGAAGGCGGUGCUGCUGUGGGCCUCGGCGCUGUUCCCGUCCCCGGAGGACUGGGCGGAGCUGCAGGGUGCCGUGUACCGCCUGCUGGUGGUGCUGCUGAGCUGCCUGGCCACCCAGCACCUGCCCCACCCGCUGUGCCCCGCCCACAACCUGCUGGGGGCCCUGGGCCCGGACCUGCACGCCGUGUACCCGCGCGUGGAGCGCUUCGCCAGCCAGCCCGAGGCGUCCCUGCGUAUCCACGCCACCCACCUGGGCCGCUGCCCGCCCCCUCGCAUCGGCCACGGCAUCAGGGCGCUGCUGCAGCUGCCGGCCAACGACCCCGCCUACUGGGCCACCGCCUACUUCGACGUCCUGCUGGACAAGUUCCAGGUCUUCAACAUCCAGGACCAGGACCGAGUCUCUGCCAUGCACAGCGUCUUCCAGAAGACCAAGAAGCUGGGCGCUGGGGAGAGCUGAGCAGGGCGGGGCGCCCCCCGGGGCCACCCUGGCCCUGCCCGUGAACGCCGGGAAAGGCCGAGGGCUGGCUGUGGCCCCGUGGUGGGGGGUGGUGGUGGUGGCUCAUGGCACAUUCAGUCCUGAGUAAAGUAGAGGCCAUGCCUGCACCCGGUGUGUGUGGGCCUUGCUUCCCCUCGUCACACGCCGACGGCACGGAACCUCCCUACCCACAAGACGGGCAGAGGGGGCCCUGCAGGAGCCCCGCCCCGCCCCUGUGCAGGUGCCCACUGCGUCCGCCCCGGGCCUCCUGGGGAGGGCCCGAUCCUGGGCAGAGGAGCCCCAGCCUAUCCCGUGAGGGCCGAGGCACUGCGGCUGAGCUGACACCAGGGCCUCGUGCCUGCCUCCAACCGCCUCUUGGUCCACCUGAUUUGUGGGGGUCCAGAGGGCCCUGUGUCAUUUUCGGGGGUGGAGUCUGGGUCAGGGGUGAGUGCUAGAAGAAGAAAAGGCCUCCCCCACGUCCACUCUGGGGACAGCCCACGUCCUGGGGGUGACGUCGGAAGCUGGUGCCACCCUGCAGGCUGGGCUCACAGGUGUGGCUCCAGUGAGCACCCAGGACGAUGAAUGACCAAGGGUCCCACAGAGGGAAGCAGGUGUGGCUGCCACGCGGGGCCUGGCCCUGAGGGGGACGCGGCUCGGCUCCCCCGCCCACUCGCCCUUGCACGAGCUGCAGGGUUGGCUCGCGGCCCGCCGCCCGGGGUGCUGGGGGUGUGGGCCUGGCUCUGACCAGGACGUGGCGCUCACCGGGUAGCUUUGCCCCAUGCAUUUGGUCCCUGGCCCUUGGUGUCUCCAGGGCCUUCGGCUGACACCCUGUCUCCGGCUCAAGGAGCCAGG